AUGAAGUUCCUCCACGUUCUCUUCCUUGCUCCCCUUACCGCUAUGGCCGCCCCCCUGACCAUCACUGGUACCGCCAACACCACUGACACCACCCUCGUCGCUCGUAAGCGCCACUGCCAACCCGCUGAUCCUGGUGGCUCCUCGUGCUGCGCCCAGCAGACAGAAGGUCAGACUUUGAUGUAUACAACUCACCUCGGCCUUCUGUAUGACCCUACUGUCGUCCCAAUGUGCGAUGGCAUCGAAGCCGCCUUGUCCGGUGCCCUUGGCGAUAAGUGGUGUGAUGGCUUCAAGUGUGUCGUCGACUCAGAGGAGAUUAUGGAGGCUUCCAAGCUCAUCUUCUGUCUGAGGUCUCACAACCACGGUUCCGUCAUCAACUCCGUUCUGUCUGGGCUGUUCCCGAACAACGACGUGUCCAACCCGAUUUACAUCAACGGCUUCAACUGCCCUGACUACUAG